CUCAGAUACAACGCGGAGGCAUCUUUUGCUGCAUUCAUGAUGAUCUGAGCGUCACCUCCUGGUGCUGAUAGAGGCAACCCUCCUUUCUCUCUCUCUCCCUCUCCCUCUCUCUCGCUUUCCCCUUUCUUUCUUUCUCACCGGUUCCCCUCCCUGUCCGUGUUCCUCUUUUCUUUUCGCGGGUUCAUCCCAGACUGCCCAGUCAGUCAGUCAGCUCCCCUUUUUUUUCCCGGCGCCGGGGAAGCUGGUAGCGAUGGGGUGGCUCAAUUUCAGCACCAAGGAGAGCGCCGGACUUUUGCUGCUUUGUGUGUAUGGUGUACUGACGCUGUCCGUGGUGCUGGCGGAGCAGGAGGGAGAGAACCUCUCCGGGCUCUCAGACAACCCGGACAAAGCCAUCUUCGCGGUCCGCGAAAACGGAACGACGUGCCUGAUGGUGGAGUUUGCCGUCAAAUUCCUCGUGCCAUAUGACGUGCUUGCGCUAAAUGGGAUAGACCUCAUCACAGAGCAGGUAUCCUUCACACUACCCCGUGGGGCAGAAAUCCAGGGGAAAUGUGGAAGCACAGAGUCAGAGAUCCACAUCUCCUGGAGGAACAACGCUUAUAUGCUCCGCAUUUACUUCUCUAAGGAGUUUCGUGAAAAGGGAAUUGAGGUGUGGAAGAUCAACAAAAUCCAGUUCGUCUACGACACCUCGGAGACAUCCCACUUCAUCAGCGCAUACAACCCUGGAAAGCACACAGCUAGCACCCACAAGCUCUCAGCCCUGGUGACCCCAGCCGGGCGCUCCUAUGUAUGCACAGCUCAGCAGACCGUCACCCUAAUCUCCAGCGACCACCAGAAGGGCAUCACAGUCUCCAUGUACGACAUCCAGAUCCAACCCUUUGACAUCGCUUCCGACUUCAUCUUCAGCACACCUUAUAAGUGCAUCACAGACCAGCGAGAACACCUAGAGGAAACCCUCCCCCUUAUCCUGGGCCUUAUUCUUGGUCUGAUAAUCAUCAUCACGCUCACCAUCUACCACUUCCACCUCAAGCUGACAGCGAAUCAGCCACAGCUCCCAAGAGAUCGCUCUAUGUACAAAAACAUGUAGUCCUGCUUCAGCAGCACCUUCAACUUCCGGCAGAGCUCUCCUAAUGACAGAUCUGUCUCCUCUAUGUCCUGGGCCUGUUACACCCCUGAUGAUAGUGUCCUACUACAUCGGACAAAGUCCCUGAUUUGAAUAUGUGAUUUAUUGAACUGUUUAAUUAAGAGUUUUUUGGACAUUGUGGGACACAGUAAGGGUGUAUUUGGAGGGCAUACCCAUUCACAUCUAAUUAAUAUCACUGCAGGAUUUAUGCUCUGUGCCAUAUCUAGUCUCUAAAGUGAGUAGAAUUUUUCAGGAAAAUAUUUUCCCCCCAAACUUUUCCCAAACUGGUUUCUAACUUGCACAACAUUUUGAUCCAACUUGUCUUUUAAAUAUUUCUAAACCUCCUGAUCAUUUAGCAGUUAUUCUGCUCUCUCUAUCUAUCCCAUAGUUGCUACUGGACUCCAUUUGCACUUAAAAAUGUUUUUCUUUUUUUAAAGAUUCUCAUCUCUGUGCUCAUACAUCCAGAAUGCAGCCGUGGUGUUGACAGUGGACCGUCUUGUCGUGUACAGUGCAGUUUUGCUUUGUUAUCAGACCCUCUCUCUGCCACAAUGUAAGAAAUAAAUCAAAAGAAAGAAAAAUAUAAAAAGGCAGAUACAGAAAAAAAAAAACCUUUAUAACUUGAAAAGAAAGAAAGCAGAUAGUACCUAUGGGAAUGUGGAGAGGUUAAAAAAUAUGUGUAUAUUAUUUUUCAAGUGAAAGUCUAUGCAUAAACCUCUGCUGAUGCAAUCAUGUGCAGUAUUCUGUUCUGUUUGAAAUAAAUUGCUGGAUACAUCCUUA